UGGCCUCGACAACGACUGCAUGCAGGCUCUUGCUCUUCUCUUCAGCUGAAGAUGAUAGUCAAAGUGCAAUACCGAAACCAAAAGAAGUACAUCAAAAUUCCAGAAGCUUGUUUUGGCAUCUUCAUCACUGAAGUAAAAGAGAGGUUUUCCAUCCCUGUGGACAACAUCUUAUCAGUGGAGGAUGACACUGGCACAGAAGUGGACGACUACGCAUUUCCAGAUCUACUGACUACCAGUGGAAUAUGCUUUGUCAUCAAAGAUGAACUGAAUGACAGUGGUGAGCCAUCCUCAUCCUCCGCUUCAGGCACAGAUACUCUUUCAGUCACUUCGAAAAGCAGCAGUGAGAACGAUUUCUACAGUGGCACUCUGAAACGCUUCAGAAAAGAGGAGGAGGCUUUGCAGGGUCCACAAGCCAAAAAUCUGAUAAAACAGGUUCUGCUGACCAAACCAGGAGGAAGUGAUGUGCUGAAGGAGUAUGAGGAAAAAGGAACAAUUAGUCCUGCCACAAGAAAAGUGAUGGUGAACAUUCUAGUUGCAGACAUGGUGCAGAGUGAGGGGAGAAUCCCUCAGCGACUGACCAAAGAGAAGUAUGCACUGGGGAUUGUUACCCUGUUUCCCUCGCUCCAAGAUCCACAUGGGAAGACAGGAUAUGAGCAUUUUUAUGACGGGCAGAAAGGCGGUGGGUUUCUAGCGUGGCGACUGAAGUCCGUUCAGAGAGCAACACGACUUCCUGUGAGGUCCAAGGAUUCCAGAAUAGAAGAGAAUGGAGGCCCCAUGCUAAGGAGAGAGAUAGGCCACUGUGAUGAUCAUCCAGAUGAGCAGAGAUUUCAAGAGCUCAUAUCUGUGAUGAAUCAUACAAACGACAGAGAAGUCAUCAUGAAGAAGAUGAGAGACACACUGGAAUAUAGACAGCGCCUUGUCCACGAUCCUGACAGAUCCUCCACUGUCCUUUCAGUAUUCCCGCGCCUGCUGGACACUAAAGGAUUGAUUCUCCAAGACUUCAGUCUCCUCUUUGGGUCAGAAACUCCAUCCAAACUACUGGAAAAGUGGCCAACCUCCUUCAAAGCAAAGAUCAUCCAACAGGCAGAAAUGCUGACUUCCACACCCUUGCUGAAGCGCUUGUUGUUGUCUGCCAAGAACCAAAGGGGUGAUGAACCAUCACUGGAAUCACCAGAGUGGGACAGUGAUAUGGCAUCCAUUCUCCUCCUUCUGCACCUCCUGUCACCCCAGCCUGCGGGAAGGAAGAAAACCCAGAAGAUCAGUGUAGCUCAGGCCAUUGACCAUCUGGUCGUAUUUCACAAGUCCUGUAGGAGUCUGGAUGAGCACCUUCAGAGCCAUAUGGACACGAGCCAGCCAUAUCUUCUUGCUUCAGGGACCAGCAAGGAGGCCAUCGGCAACUUCUUCAUUCUGAUCGACAAGAAGCUCAUCCCCUGUGAGGCUACCACUUCCUUAGCAGCAAUUGAUGAACUUUUUAAGCUUCACUUUGUCUUAGGGACUAGCUAUGAUCCAGCACUCAAAAGCAUGUACACAUUUCUGCAAACAACUGUCUAUAACAUAGACGUUGACACCACCAGUGAGAGCCCCAAGGUCAAGGAACUGGGAACUAAGUUUGUGAGUAAUGUAUAA